AUGGAGCUCUGUAAGCAAAACUUGAUGAGGCACAUUUUCCGGCAAAAAAGCAUUAUCCCUAGUGAGCCAUCAUCAUCUGUUACAGCUACGAGAGAUGUGAUCGGAUGGGCAAAAGACAUUGCCGGUGCUCUGGAAUACAUUCACGGACAAGGUAUUGUUCACAGAGAUCUCAAGCUGGAAAAUAUAUUGCUGUCGCUAGAAGAUGUAGCCAAAGUAGCCGAUGUCGGUGUUUCCAAAGAAGCCAAAGCUAUCAUGGGUACCAUGGCAGGAACUCCUACGUAUCUCGCUCCGGAGGUGAUCAAGUCCUGUUUGUACGAUUACAAAGCAGACGUGUACAGCUUCGGCAUAAUGCUCUGGGAGAUGUGGUACGGUAAGAGAGCCCUUCUUGAGGUGGGAGGAAAUGUGAAGGAGUUUUAUGACAAGGUGCUUGACGGCGCAAGACCUGCGCAUAUCGAAGGCUCGAAGAGGCCUCCAACUGGUUUGCACUAUCUGAUGCAGCAUUGCUGGGAUAAAGAACCUGAUAAUCGACCGGAUGCAGCAAAGUGUCACAAGAUGAUAACUCAGCUAUACGAGGAAGCUGCAGCACCAUCUUAG